AUGGAUCUGGUGCGUUCCCUACAGCACAGUAGGAGGAAGCAGCAGGGGGCGGGGGGUGCGGCGGCGGGAAUGGAUGGGAGGCAGGUGAGGGAGAAGAAGACGCCGAAGCUGGAUCGGCGGAACGCGGUGAAGAACAUCGAGUACGAAAUCGGUGGUGGCAAUUCCGUGGACUCCGUCGGCUGGGGGGGCGGCGAUGGCGGGGGUUUCCGCACUCGUUCCCUCGACAUAUCGCCGUCGUCGCCGUCGACGUUGCCGCCGACGCCGGUGUACUUUGCCAGCCAGACCAGCUUCCGCAUCGGCGGGGAGGUUGAGGGAGAGUUCGACAGCCUGUGCCGAAGCCUGGGGCUAUCUGGCCCGGAGGACUUUGCCAUCACUCCCGCGGACUGGGCGGCGGCCAGCAUGGAUCGCUCCACCGCCGACCACGUCGUCGAUGAUUUUACUAAAGAGGUGGAAGGUCGUCUGCGUCCCUCGGCGGAGGAGUCGCUGCCGGAUCGGCGGGACGAGGAUCGUCAAGAUGCUUUGCGUGGUAGAUUCAAUCGCAGUGUUAGGGUUAGCGAUGAUGUGCGACAUAAGUUGGGCAGCGAGUCACGGUUUCUUCAGUACAACGUCAGUUCCGCCGCUGCAGGCGGCGGUGGAGGGAUCAAAGGCGCUCGCCCGUCUAUGCUCGUCCCUCCUCCGUCCAUGUCGCUGCCUUCCCACGACCAGACGAGCUCUACAUGGGACCUAUUCAACGCCCUGGCUCCUGCCGACGGUGCCAAUGGGAUUGUAGCCAAUGGACGAGGGAUCGAGUCCUCUGACUCUGAGGAAGAGGAGCCCCAAGACGUGAACGCUGCAGAUGAUCAAUCCGGAAAUUCAGAUCAGGAAGAUGAAAAAGAGGUGAGGCUGGUUGUGAUACCAGCUGAUCGUACAGGUUCAUGCUCAUCCUCAAACUCCAUGGAUGACGACUCCCCCUCUGCAAUCGUGGAGGGGAUGUACACCAUUUCACCCUACGGCAAGCUGAAGCGCAACAUGGUAUAUUGGGAGAAGGGACGAAGACUUGGCAGUGGCUCAUUUGGAACAGUGUAUGAGGCCAUCAGUGAGUAAGUAUCCGUGCUUUUCCUUGCAGAAGCAUCGCCGAAUAAUCCACUUUUUUCUGCUAACUCGGAUUCUUGGCAUAGAUGAAUGUUAAUCUCGAGGAUAUUUAAAGAUUAUGGUGCUGACAACUGUUAUGGCGUCAAACUAUAAUUUCCUGUUUUCAUCAGCUUCUUUUGGUGGAGGAAAAAUCGAUUAUCCAACCCAAUAAAAUGGCAAUCUUACGUCACAGCUCAGAGAAGUGCGUGCAGGGGGGAAAUUUUCAUCCACCCUUCUGCAGAAAUCCAAUUUUGAGGUGGUAGAACAAAAUGGGCUGCCAGGAUAAAUGGUGGCUGGGAGAACUCCUGACUAGGAAAUCCGCAAUAGUAUAACCAUUCACUACAGUUUAGGGGUUUCGGUACAUAUAGUGCUAUAGGUUAUUCAUUACUUGCUGAGGGAUCUUAGAUGAAGCAAAAGUGAAGAUAUUGGUGUUCUAAGAGUACUUUCAACAAGUGGAAAGAGGACUUCAGACGAUGAAAGAAGGAUAGUUUAGGGUUCAGUUUGAUUAUCUGUAAAUAACUCAAUCGACAGAGGGUGUAGAUUUCAUAUGCCUGAUUUUAAUCGUCAUCUUCUCUUUUCCAGCAAUGGCUUUUUCUUUGCUAUUAAAGAGGUUUCUUUGCUCGACCAAGGAGCUGAGGCGCAGCAAUGCAUUUCUCAACUUGAGCAGGUGAGAUUCAGGAUGUUUCUGACUUUUAUGUGGUUAUUGUUUUGUCAAAUAAUCUAAAGUCUUGCAUGCUUUUCUUGUCUGUUUUAUUUAAUACUUAUAUUUACCUGCUGAUAUAAUUGAUUUAUUUGCUUUCUGUGGUUUACCUCGGCAGGAGAUUGCUCUCUUAAGUCAAUUUGAACACGAAAACAUUGUCCAGUAUUAUGGAACAGACAAGGUGAUUUCUUCUGCCAAUUAUGGAUCUCUGCCAAUUACUCUGUUCGCUAUCUUCAAAUCAUCUGCUCGUGAAUCAUGUGUGAACUUAAAUAGGCAGUAUGAUCGUGCUAUUUCUUAUUUAGGUUUCCUUUAAUGGGCUCAAGAAAUAUGACAUUGUUUCUUAUUUCAUAUCGUGAAAUAAUGUUAAGAAAUAUGACAUUGUUUCUUAUUUUGUAUCCUGAAGAAAUGUAAUACUAUUUCUCAUUUCAUAUUCUGGAAUAAUUUUAAUAAUUAUGAUACUGUCUCUUAUUAAAUCUCCUGAAAUGUUUCCAGGCAGAGUCAAAUCUGUACAUUUUUCUUGAGCUUAUCACCCAGGGCUCUCUGGUCACUGUUUAUCAAAAUUAUAAGUUGGGAGAUCUCCAAGUUUCUGCGUAUACAAGGCAAAUCUUGAAUGGUCUGAAAUAUCUUCACGAGCGCAACGUUGUGCACAGGUAAUAUUUACUAAAAGAACGAUUUUCCCUUGUUUUUUGGGUCUAUAUUCAUUCCUAUGUGGAAUAUAAAAAUGCGAUAAAUUUUGAUUAAAUGGUAAAAACUAUCAGAUUUAGUCUCUGAAUCUAGAAGCGUAUGUAUGCCUUGUCGAUAUUUUUUUCAUUGCAACUAACAAUAAAAUUGGAGGAUAUUUCUCACGAAUACUUGAAAAAAGGGAUCAACGGAUCCAGGACUUGGAAUGGAAAAUUUUCAAGAAACCCACUUUUAUGUCCUAGAUAUUAUUAUGGUUCUAAGUUCUGAGAUGGUCUAUUAUUUUAUUAAUGUCCUGAGAAAUACAUCUCUGGAGUAAAUUCAUAUAUGGGACUAUUCUAACAGAUGAUUUUUUCUAUGUGGUGUAGAGACAUCAAGUGUGCUAAUAUACUGGUUGAUGCACAUGGAUUAGUGAAACUUGCCGAUUUCGGAUUGGCCAAGCAGGUUUAUCUCAUGCCAAUUAUUACUUUUUUCUCAUCAAAUUCAUUAUUAUUAUCAUUCUCAUGUCAAUUGCUACUUUUAUCUCACGCCAAUUAUUAUUAGUUUCCUCAUUCGAGUUAUUACUUUUUCCUCUGGGAAAUUAUUAUUAUUAUUCUCAUGUCGAUUAUCAUUUUUUUUUCUCACAACAGACCAGUAAAAUCAAUGAGCUUAAGUCCUGCAAAGGAAGUGUAUAUUGGAUGGCUCCAGAGGUCGGUGCUAUUCAAUGAAGAUUUUUUAUUUAUUUAUGCUCUCUUGAAGAAUCCCCUGGUUUGGCCACGUCAACUUACUCUCUCUCUCUCUCUCUCUUCCCUUUAAUGUUGUCGCAGGUGGUGAGGCCUAAAGGUUCCUAUGGGGCUCCAGCUGAUAUAUGGAGUCUCGGAUGCACCGUCUUGGAGAUGUUGACUAGACAAGUUCCUUACCCGAACCAAGAAUGGGUAAGAAUUCCAGAAAAAGGCUUCUCUUUACCUUCUCGUUAUUUACGAAUUUGAUAUUUGUUAGAGAGAGAGAGCAGAGAGCAGAGAGCCGAUCCCCAGGAUGCGUUUCCUUCCCAUAUAUAUCUAGAUCUUUAUGGUAUAUGUAUACAUGUAAGAAUCGAUGCUUGUUAGAGAGAGAGAGAGAGAGAGAGAGAGAGAGAGAGAGAGAUCAGAUAGUUAUGCAAUAUAUAUAGAUUUAGGGACCGAAAUGUUCUUCCUGGAGAAAAUACUAAUUAGCCCACAGAUGAACGAUUCCAUAAAUGCAGGAUGAAAGGAGAAUUUGCUCAAGGUUUUAAUUGUGUUUUUUGCAGACUCAUGUGUUGUUCCACGUGGGCCGGGGAGGGCAGCCGAAGAUCCCUGAAAAUCUGUCGAGGGAUGCCCGGGACUUCAUCCAGCAGUGCAUCCAGAAGAACCCGGAGGAUCGGCCGACGGCCGCCGAGCUGUUGGAACACCCCUUUGUGACGCGCUCGCUUCGAAAUUCUUCGGGCUCCGACUCUUCGUCCCACGGCAGGAGCCGGCACUCCCUGCCCCCUCUCACACCAUCAUCGGUUCGAUAG